AUGGUUACUUCAUUUUUUAUGACAGAAUUGGCAGUCACAAUUUAAAAUUAUUCUUAAAUUUUAUCUAAAUCAAUCGCGUUAUCCUACGUAAACCAAAUUCAAAUGGCAGAAAUAAAACAAGUGAGAAAUAAGAAAUUGUUGCCGGACUUAAGGAAAGAAGGAGAAUUAAAAAAAAACAUAGUUCUUUCUACUACUGAAAAACAUGGUGUUCCUACAGGCUCGAGAUUAUUUUCUCAUCACACAUUAGCAAGUGUUCGGAAAUUGAGUUUUUAUCACCCAUUUUUUUUGCCUGAUGACAACUUGGAUGUAAUCUUGACAUCCACCUACAACCAUUCAACGGAGCGCUUUGCAGACAAAGAGGACUUAUAUUUGCAACCGGAAACAAUUGGUUGCCAAACAUGGCGACGGUUAAGAAACACCAAUGAUAAACUGCCUUCGACUCUCAUACCAAUGGGCCAUCCGAUGAAACGCGGAGGGAUAACGGAACGCAAGUCGCCGUUUAGCGUUAAGUUAAUGAAUUCAGGCGUGCACUCCUCUCAAACCAACCCUGGAUACAGCAGGCAGCCAGCUGGCGGCGCCAUAUUCUUCUAUUGAUACUAAGAUUCAUUAAAAUAUAAUUUUAUCAAGAUUUGUUAUUCUAACAAUGUUAUAUCAUUGUCUUACUGUUCCAUUUAGGAAGACACACAAUGAAUGUUCCAAAUGCGAUUAAGGUACUAAUUUAGCGCAACUGUUUAAUAGUAAUAAAAUAUUUUUUACAUU